AGUACCGCGCGAUCUGCGCACAACGCUGGCCGCGUUUAAAAAAUUCGAGCGUUUCGCGCCAAAACUAAUUUGAAAAUCGAACGUGUUUUUUUUAAAUAGUGAAGUGCGUGUUUGGGAAGUGAUUUUGAGUUUUAUUAUUGUGGUUUCUGUUGGCGUGACCGAUAACGAAGGUCAACAGUAAAAGAAAAGAGUGAAACUUCAUCUAAUCUGAAACCUUAAACACCAGUAGUGAAAAUUAUAAGUGAAAAACCAGUGUAACAGUGAAAACCUUCAGUGAAAAGUGAAAUCACGAGUGAACUUAAAGGCCGAACCGCGAGUCCUCCAAUAAUUGCGCGUGCAGUGAAAAAGAGCGAGUGAACUUAAAGGCCGAACCGCGAGUCCUCAAAUAAAAGGGAGUGCAGUGUGCCGUGUGUGUGAUUGUGUAUAAUGAGUGGCAAGUAUGGGUGACCUGACCAUGCAUAGGACGUGCGUGAGGGUUAACUCAGCGGAUGACGAAUCCAAAGACGAGGUCGAUCAUGACCUGCCUAAGAAGAACCCUUUUAUUCGGGGCUCGGACCCUCGCGUUGCGACGUGCCGCGGACGCCUGCAGACGCGACGCUGCCAGCUCAACCAGGAGAUCAACAAGGAGUUGAGGUUGCGAGCUGGUGCCGAAAACUUAUUCAAGGCGACAACUAAUCGGAAGCUGCGCGAGACGGUGGCGCUGGAGCUGAGCUUCGUGAACUCCAACCUGCAGCUGCUCAAGGAACAGCUGGCCGAGCUAAACUCCUCGGUGGAACUCUACCAGAACGACAGCAAAGAAUGCGUAAUGCCCAUGAUCCCCCUAGGGCUGAAGGAGACCAAGGAGGUGGACUUCCGGGAGCCGUUCAAAGACUUCAUCCUGGAGCACUACAGCGAGGACGCUGCUGCUCAUGAGGAGGCCAUCUCCGACUUCAUGGACAUGAGACAGGCGAUCCGCACCCCAGUCCGCUCGACGGCCGGCGUAGCCCUCCUCUUCAAAUACUACAACCAGCUAUACUUCAUAGAACGUCGUUUCUUCCCGCCCGACCGUUCCUUAGGAGUCUACUUCGAAUGGUUCGACUCUUUGACAGGAGUGCCAUCAUGUCAGCGGACGGUGGCAUUCGAAAAGGCGUGCGUGUUGUUCAACAUAGCUGGGAUUUACACACAGAUUGGUGCUAAACAGGAGCGGCACACAUCUCUAGGCCUAGAUGGCGCUGUGGACGCAUUACUAAGAGCGGCUGGCACACUCCGCUACAUCCAUGAAAACUUCACCAACGCGCCAUCUGUCGACUUGGCGGCUGAUACUCUACUGGUCCUCGCUGCCACUAUGACGGCCCAAGCCCGCGAGUGCCUGUUCGAGAAGCUGCAACUGCAGGCGCGCGAGUGCGGGCGCGGGGAGCUGCGCGACGACCUCGACAUGUGCCUCGACUUCGCGCAGGAGGCGGCGCAGUGCGCGCACACAUACACACAGCUAUAUCAGAAGAUGCAGACGGAAGGUGUCUUCAACUACGUGCCAUACUCGUGGGUCUCUUUGGUCCAUGUGAAGACUGAAUUUUAUAAAGCGCUGGCGCACCAGUACGCGGCGCUGGGCUUGCUGCACGCCGACAGCACGCCGCGCGCGCGACAGCGAGUCGCCGCACUAUAUACGAGCAGCGAUCGGAAUGUAGACAACGGUUCAGUAUCCAACACCAAGAUGGACGAAGAUCUGGACUUCACAGUGGUGGGGCGCGCGCACCUAAUCGAAGCGCAAGCGUUGUACGAAGAAGCACAGAGGUUACAACGGAUGUGUCGUGAACUGCGAGGCAAGGAACCUCUAGCACGAGUGAUACGCGCUCACGCAGAGAGGGCAGCCCGCGAACGAGCCACGCUACGGGACUCACCGGACCUGAGCGAGAUGGAGCUACUUGACGCACCCAUUAUUUUACCUUCAUCAAAAUUCCAACUGUCCCUAACGCCGCCGGACUUCGCUCAGCACCGCGUGGACGACCUGUUCAAAUCCCUCGGCCCCAUCGCCGUGUUCUCCGCCAAGCGGCACUGGAGCGCCCCCCGCCUCAUCACCCUCCAAAAACACAGCAGAGACAACAGGAGACUCAACAGAAACUAUGACCUCGACAAAAGAUCCGAGAAAAGAGACCGAUCCGAAGACAACAGCGCCUACUACAACUCCGUAAUCAGAGACGAGAAUUACGAAGACUACGAGAAGCAACUCCAAAGGGUCAUGAAGCAAAACGGAGUUUAUAUAAACAGUUACAACCACAUGGAAUAUCAUCCUAAAGUUUUAGACUACGAUAAAUAUGACUAUAGGAAUAAUGAGAGCUUUAUAAAGACUACGGAGAGUGUGAAUGGGAAGAAGAAUGGGAGGGAGAGGAGAAAGGAGCCGUUGAGGAGGGUAGCGAGUGAAUAUAAUGUGUCGAAUUCGAAGGAUGAGGAUGGUUUCGGGUUCUCUGUGAGAGGCGACGCGCCGGUCAUGAUUGCGGCGGUUGAACCGAAUUCUUUGGCUGAUAUCGGCGGCAUGCGAGAAGGUGACUUCAUCAUCUCAGUCGGUGACAAAGAUGUGAAGUGGAGCUCUCAUGAAGAAGUGGUUCGACUCAUUCAGCAAACCGGAGACUUGCUGGCACUCCGGCUUGCCACACCCAUGGACAAGAGCUUGAUGAAGUCGUCCCCAGACAUCCCCCGGCAAUCCAACUCCAACCAGGGCUCGGUGUCGGCCGCGUCCACGGCCUCCAGCGGCUCCGGCGCCACCACCGCCACCGCGCGCUCCUCCGCCCGCCGCGCGCCCUCCUGGAACCCUUUCAGAAGGAACACCACCCGGGACAACAGCUCGCACAGAGGCUCGCAUACGAGCAACGUUAUAUUCCGAUAAAUGUCACGUUUUCAACCAAAAGGUACCACGGCUGUCGAUAAGGUUGAUUUCAAAUUGAAGCUGUAUGGAAAUAGCGCCUUAUUGACCGACAAUAAGUACCCUUUUGGCUGAGAAUGGCGCAAAUAUCCUAGAACUUUUAAGAGUUUCAGAAAAAAGUUGAGUGUGUUUGAAGGUAACGCCAUCUAGUGACUUCUACGAGUAAGUCUAUAUAGUAGUCAAAGAUAGCGCCAUCUUACGGGCCUUCCAGAGAAACACAACUAGAGACAACAGCUCGCAUAGAAUUAUUAAAUUUGGUAUUGAAGAUAACGCCAUCUGGUGAAUUGUAAUAGCAAGCUUACGUAGCGGUCAAAGAUAGCGCCAUCUAGUGGCUAAUAUGGAAAACGUUAUACUUUAGUAAACUUAACAAGUCUGUAAUCUGCAGUUAAUGUUACUUUAGAUUUGACGUAUCUACCGACACCGACAUGUUUUAUUUAAACGAUGGCAGCGCCAUCUACGCGUUUAUCGUUAUUGAUUUUAGAGUUUUAACAUAUGAAGUCUGUGCAUGUAACGAUUAAACUAGUGUUACGAUGGAUUUUGUAGAGGGUGUGUAGGAAAGAGGUUAAAAUUGUGAGGUUUUUAGACAAAAGGGUCCUUACAACAUGCGCUUACUCGGUCACGAGACGCUUAUCGCGCUAAAGUCCCUUUUCUCCAAGAACGUCACUUAUUAUGUACUUAUGUAAGAUUAAAUCAGGGUUAUAAAAUAUUUGUAGCAUACAGCAUUGUUAAAAAUGUGUAUCGAAAAAAAAAGAAUUGGCACAUACGUUUCUGGUACUUAAUUUUAUUUGAAAUAAGCAGUCAGUAACAUUAAGAACUACAAUUCAAAUAAAUAUAAUAGUUUUAGAAUACAAUGUAUAUACGCAAAUUAUCAUAUAUUACAUCCGUCUAAAUGCUGUAAUAAAUCCGUCCAUAGUUUAGACUGAUGUUUACGUACAGUCGCCAUCAGAUAUAUCGGAGCGGCCAAGGUGCUCACAAAUAUCGGAACACGCCUCUAUUGUCAGGGCGUUAGAGCGCGUGUUCAGAUAUUGUGAACACCUUGGCCGCUCCUAUAUAUCUGAUGGCGACUGUACUUAAAAAGAUCGUUCCUUAAUUGUCAAAAUUCAUACUUAAUCUUCUAAUGUUAUUUAAUUUAUAAGGUGUGAUGGCAAGCAAUGGCAAAUGCAACUAUUAUAUAUUUAGCUUCCUAAAUAUAUAGUUAGACUAUUGGUUUCUUGAUGGCUAUGAAAUUCCAAAGUUAAUACGCAAUACAAGUGCUAAACUGACCAUAAUAAUUAUACCGUUUCUUAUUGUAUAAUGUAUAAUGUAUCCCUUUAACGGUUAUAAUUUUAAAAAGGUGAAGUUUGUAAUACAUAUAUGGUCGCGGGUACGAUUACUUUCUUGUAUUUGUGUAUUUUGUUGAUUUAAAAUGUAUAAUUUUUCAUAUUUUUUCUGUAGAAAUUGUACUACUUUGAUUUAGUUAAAGUAGAUGACGCUAGUAAAUACAUAUUAAAUGAUAAAAUAACCGAUAGAUGGAGUUACUUAAUUCAUCUAUUCAUUCAAAUGCUAGCGCCAUCUAGUACGAUAAAAUUAAAACUUUCUAUCUCAGCUUGCCUUACAACAUGAAAUAUAGGAUAUUUGGGGCAUUAUCUAUGAAAAGGGACCUUAUUGUCGAUGGCGCUUACGCCGCACAGCGUCGCGGGGCAUUCUAUUUAUAUCGGAGCAUCGUUAGUAAUGACGUAAGCGCCAUCGACAAUAAGGUCCCUUUUCAUAGAUAACGUCACAUUUUUACUAUCAGUUGCUAUCAGCAUUCGAAAUAAUUGUUUCUUAACUUUCUUAUACACCGCACUUGUUCGUAAAAAAACCCUCAUAGAAUGCCUUUUCAUCUGUGGGUCCACUGGUAUGUUGCCGAAUGUACUUUUUCUUUUUAAUGUAUUCGGCACGUGCAAACUGCCAAGUCUUUGGAUAAUUAAGACGAACGCAGUUCAUGAUUUCGAAUGACAUUUAUUCUUGUAUGAUCUUUCUCAUUUUUCCUUUUUUCAAAUAAGUUUUUAUUAACACAAUAUUUUACAUGGUACCCUCAAAAAAGGUAGGAUUCAAAGCAGUAAGAAUAAGUAAGACAGUAUGAAUAAUUAUAAAAAAUACAGUUUGGCGAACCCGUCUCACAGCCUCACAUGAAAAAAGCGAGAAAUUCCAAAUUCCAAUAAAAGGUUUGUGACCCCACAUUUUUGCGUUUUCAUUUUGAACUAGAAAAACGGUUGGCUAGACCUUAUUUUAUUAUUUUGUAUAAUUUAUUUACCUGUCUAAAGCCCCCUCCAGACUAUGCGCGUGAAUCGCGGGCGAAGCCGCGAACGCGAGUGUGGAGUCGAUUUCGCUGUCUGCGAAAAUCGACGCCACACUCGAGUUCGCGGCUUCGCGCCGCGAUUCGCGCACGAGUGUGGAGGAGGCUUUACAUGUAAUGGUUUAAUGCACUUUUUGUUUAUUUUCACUAUCAAACAUAUCAUAUAUGAUUAUUGUAAGUAUUAUGUAAGUAAAAAUGUAUAUGUCACAAAAUUCAGUAUUUAUAAAAUAGAUUAUUUUUAAUUUUGGUUGUGAUCGAACUUCACGUAUAUUGAUCGCACCCAAAAAUAUAAAAAAACGUAUUAUUUAAAUUUUACUCGAGUUUAUUUUUGUGUAUAAUGGUAGGAUAUGAAAAUGUAUAUCAUUGUAAAGAAAUAAAGAUGUAUAAAUUGUUAUGGUUAAAGUGAACAAUAAAGUUUGUUUAAAGGCA